CUCGAUUUGUCGCGACGCGACGGCAGCAGCAGCAGCAGCUUCAUUCUCAGGUCGGGAAACUGACAACAAGCGAACAGUAAAAAACCAGAGAAAUCUGCAUCCAUCCUGCCGAGUUUCUCUAUCCAGUGGAAAUAUAUCGAUAUAUUUGAUCUGAAGCGACAGUCGUACGUUCAAUCGAAACAGACGGUACUGAGAAAGAGGUGCAAAGAAAAAUUUCCAUACUCGAUGACAUUACAUCGCAAUGUCCGAUCGUUUGGGGCAAAUAACCAAGUCCAAGGAUGGGAAAAGCAAGUAUUCAUCACUCAGCCUAUUUGACAAGUACAAAGGGAAGUCAAUAGAAACUCAGAAAACCACAGUUGUUGCACGACAUGGCUUACAGAGUCUUGGCAAAGUGGCCGCUGCCCGGCGCAUGCCCCCUCCCGCUCACCUGCCGAGUCUGAAGUCUGAGAGUAAAGGAAACGAUCCCAACGUGAUUAUCGUGCCCAAAGACGGUACAGGAUGGGCAAACAAGCAGGAUCAACACGAUCCAAAGAGGUCAGAGAAAAUGUUGCUGCGGCAUCAGCACUGCUGUCCAUCACGCUCACUAAAACGUCUCUGUGUGUGAAGUGAACUGAAGGAC